AUGAAAAUUUUGAAAUGGACCGCUUAUGAUUUUGCUUUGUGCCUGCAAAAAUGCUUAAAAUCCAAAGCCUUAAAACCUGGCAAGCAACUCCAUGCCAUGUUACUCACAACUGGAACAAACAUGAAUAUUAUGUCUUUGAGUUCCAAACUCAUUGGAAUGUAUUCUAGUUGCACAGACUUAAAAUCAGCAAGAAAUUUAUUUCAAAAAACUGAUAAUCCAAAUGUUUUUGCAUUCAAUUGGAUGGUUUUAGGUAUGGUAUACAAUGGUUACUUUGAUGAUGCAUUGUUUUAUUUUCGUCGAAUGCGCGAAAUUGGUCAUGUUGGUAAUAAGUUUACAUUUGGGAUUAUGCUUAAGACUUGUGUUGGUUUGAUGGAUGUGGAGAAAGGGAAGCAGGUUCAUGGGAUGAUUUGUGAGAUGGGUUUUGGGAGUGAUGUUUGUAUUGGGAAUGGUUUGAUUGAUAUGUAUUGUAAAUGUGGGAGCAUUGGUUAUGCUUGUAGGGUGUUUGAUGGAAUGUCUGAGAGAGAUGUUGCUUCGUGGACGUCAAUGAUUUGUGGGUUUUGUAACUUGGGGGAAGUUGAGAAAGCGUUGGGGUUGUUUGAGAGGAUGAAGAUGGAGGGAUAUGAGCCGAAUGAGUUUACGUGGAAUGCUAUUAUGGCUACGUAUGCUCGUUUGAGAGAUAGUAGGAAAGCGUUUGGUUUUAUGGAGAGAAUGAAAAAAGAGGGUUUUGUUCCUGAUGUGGUUGCGUGGAAUGCGUUGAUAUCUGGCUUUGUGCAAAAUCGUCAAGUUGAGGAAGGUUUUAAGAUGUUUCGGGAGAUGCUAGUUUCGAGGACUUGUCCUAAUCGGGUUACUUUUGCAGCACUGCUUCCUGCGUGUGGGUCAGUAGGUUCUGUUAAAUGGGGAAGAGAGAUUCAUGGAUUUAUAUGCCGGAAGGGUUUUGAUGCGAAUGUUUUCAUUGCGAGUGCUCUUAUUGAUAUGUAUUCCAAGUGUGGGAGUUUAAGAGAUGCUCGAAAUGUAUUCGACAAGAUUCAUUGUAAGAAUGUUGCGUCAUGGAAUGCAAUGAUUGAUUGUUACGGGAAGUGUGGUAUGGUUGAUUCCUCGAUGGACCUGUUUACAAAAAUGCUGGAAGAAGGAUUGCAGCCAAAUGAAGUUACUUUUACAUGUAUUCUUUCAGCAUGCAGCCAUAGUGGUUCAGUGGAAAAAGGUUUAGAGAUAUUCACAUUAAUGAAAAAACGUUACGGAGUUGAGAUAAGUACAGAGCAUUAUGCUUGCGUUGUCGAUCUCUUCUGUCGUUCAGGAAAGAUUGUUGAAGCAUAUGAGUUUCUGAAGGCCAUGCCAAUACAAAUCACAGAAUCGAUUGCUGGAGCUUUUCUAAACGGGUGCAAAAUCCAUGGAAGAAGAGAUCUUGCUAAAAAGAUGGCUGAGGAAAUAAUGAGAAUGCAGCUAAAAGGACCUGGUGGCUUUGUUACACUAUCAAAUAUUUAUGCCGCGGAAGGUGAUUGGGAAGAGGUUGGGAAUGUGAGGAAGGUGAUGAAGGAAAGAAAUGUCAAUAAGUUUCCUGGUUUUAGUUGGCUUGAAAAGCCAUGCGAGAUUCUUGAAGGGAAGGAAGAUUAAGAGGUGGCUGUUGGGUUAAAUUUAUUCUUCAACACAGUGUUCAAUUUCAGGUGGAGAUUCUCUGAAUAAUGAGUUUCUGCUAAGAUCAAGCUUUGGCACUUGAUUUAGUCCUCCAAUGGAACUUGGGAUUGGACCGAGAAUUGAUUUCCGCCAAGCAAAAUGUUUUGAAGGGAAGGGAAAUUUGAGAGUGAAUUUAGUAAAGGACCAGACAAGGCAUUGUUUGACAAAUCAAGUUGUUCGAAUCUAAAACUAACUGGCUGAGAUGAACUGUUAGUAUUCUCUGACAAAGUUCCUAACAAGUUUAAGGGUAAUUUCACUAAUGAAGUUGUUCAUUCACAGCCUAAGUGUCUCUAAAGCUGGUAAGUCUGCAAUGUAAUCCGGCAUUGAUUUCUACCAUUGAUGUUUGUAGUCCGAUUUUUGAUGUCACAACAAUUUUCAAACAUUGGAGAAGGAAAGCACUCUUAACAGUUAACAGUAUUUGCUCAUUCUCUUUAUUACUGUAUUGCUUUCCAAGAUUACAUAUAUAUUUGAUAGUUGCUGAAUAAAUUAUCAAUUUGAAAACGUUUUAAUAUUGAUAAACUAUGUAGUUAUUUUUAGAUAGGUGUGAAAUAUUAAAUAAAGCUUUCGACUAUGUGUAAUAAUAGAGUCAAGUUUGGUUCUGUUUAUAUUGAUAUUAUGGGCCCUUUUGAAUUAGGGUGUUUUGUUGUUGAUGGGUAGGAAGUAGAUUUUGUUUGAUAUGAAAAUUAAUUAUGAUAGGUGGAUUGGAAACAUAUUGUAUACUUUAUUUUGGUAUAUAUGUUAAUGUCAA